GGUACCAGAAAGCACCAGUUUCGAGAUCAUUCUUCCGUACAGGUAGCAGAACUGAGUGUAGGGGCUGAGAGAGAAGCAAAGUCAAAGGUCUUUGACGCCAAGAAGUGACUAACCUGGUAGAGUAAGUGUGUGUGAACGGUUCUACCUUACAAGACCCAGUGUGCCAAGGUGUGCUGUGAGACUCCGCGGGCCAAUCCCGCUAGCACCUUAAGGUCUUCACCAAUCAAGCGUCCAAUACAAGCAAAGGUCAGGAAGACAAGUUCAGUGUGGCCAUGGCUUCAAACACAUCACUUGCACUCCUGUCUAUCCUGCUGCUUGUCUCUGGACUUGCACACUCUACUCCCGUACCAACCACUGAAGAUGCCACCACCAGCGGCACCACUAGCAGUCAGGCAGAUACGAGCAGUGCAGCAACGUUACUGGACACUCUGAAAUCACUACCCGCAGAGGAGGAGCUUGAGAGCACCACCGUAACUACAGAGCUAGGCACCACAGACGCGACUACAGAGCUAGGCACCACAGACGCGACUACAGAGCUUGGCACCACAGACGCGACUACAGAGCUUGGCACCACAGAUGCAGCAACAACAGCAACAGAAGAGCAAGUGGAGGAGACCACGACUACUGGUGCUGUCACAUCCAGCAGAAGCAGCAGUGCAGCAGUUUCCGAGCAGCCUGCGGCCACCGAAGUAGAGAACGACUGCAGCGAAGCACUGACUAGCUGGUCGCCGUGGACGGAGAAAGGAGAGAACAUCAAGAAUAACGGCUGUGGAUUUCGUCGCCGUACUCGUAAGAUUCGCAGCCCCACUCUGGCACAGCAAUGCUAUGGUGAAGAUGUGGAAUUGACCGAAUACAUCGAGUCAUGUGAGCAACUGAGCAAGAAUGAAAUCACCAGGUCAUUCCAGUACUAUGUCAUUGAUCGCCUGUUUGGCUGGAGCAAUCAUGAAGUCGCAGGCAACCAGCCCGCAAACGCGCCGAGUCGUCAAAAACGCCAGGCAGGCAACAUACUCUUGUUCAACUUUGGGGAUGCGGUCAACCCGUUUAACACAUGCCCAGAGAACCCAGCUCACCGUCCGGUAGAUUUCCUCAUCAUGCUGGAUAGGUCAGGCAGCAUGACGACAAGCCACUUCCGGCUGUUGCGCAACAGCAUGGCCAACCUGAUCAGUAGAGGAAUCCCCAGCGUGGACAAGGACUCCACACGCGUAGCUCUGCUCACCUUUGCAACCAGAGCCACGCUGGAGAUCGACUUCAACGCGUGCCGCGCCAAGCGGUGCUACAGACGAAUGUUCAGGAACAGCACGGGCAUUUCAACGGGCGGCAUGACGCGCAUUGCUCACGCCCUGGAAAGCGCGUCCGAGGCGUUCACCACCGCAAAGGGCUCCAGAGACUGCAGUCGCAAGGUCAUUCUGCUGAUAACGGACGGCACAGCUCAGUCGGAAACACCAGGUGAAGCCGCCGAUCACCUCAAGACUGACAAGGGCGUGGAAAUCUUUGUCGUCGGCGUCACCGACCUCAUCAUUGAGAAUCAGCUGCGGGAAAUUGUCUCCACACCGGUGCAGACCCACCUGUACUACAUGAACACGAUGAAAACUGUCAAGAAAGUGUGCAAGAAGCUGAGAACGGCCAUGGUUCCAGAAGAAGAUCUCCUGGAAGAGAUAGAAUCACCACAGCCCGAUCCUGACUUUGAAUUCUGAUCAGCCAGAGAGACGACCACACACACACACACAGAGUUAGGAGAGUGCCGCUUUCAUGCCGAUAUCCUUUGCAUCAAGAACACUCUGGGCCUUCGUGUCCUGGUGAUAGCUGGAGAUAACACUCUGGGCCUUCGUGUCCUGGUGAUAGCUGGAGAUUCACUAUGUGUUUUGUGCAUGAUGUUUGUUAUCGUCCACCAGCAAACAUGUAACGACACGUUUACAAGUGUUACAACCGCCACAAGUAUGUACAUGUGCAGCUGCAAUGUACUACUAGAUGAUAUGAAGAAUAUACACACACAUACACACACAUACAAACAAACACACACACAGAUACACACACAGAUACACACACACACACAAACCCACACACACAGAUACACACACAUACAAACAAAACCCACACACACGGAUUUGCUAUCCUUAUCAUGUAGAGCAGUUGCGCUCAGCACAGCCUCACGGAUGGGAACUAGAUACAUAACCAAUAUGGACCACAUUCUGCGCCUUCCCUCCUUGACGAUAAAUGAGAAGAGAUAUUAGUAACGCUAAACAAAAUAUACAGGCUCUUUACUUUUGCAGCAACUGCUACUCAUGUUUACGCUUAUCUAAGUCAUCAGUUAUCAUUAUGGUAAAAACUUGAAGUAGCAAGUAAAAUAAAUGCCACUGCCUCCAGAUUGCAAUGACUUGAUCAAUGAUGUUUCACAUUAUAUUUUCUGCUGCCACUGUGAUGCUCGGAUUUCCCCAGCCGACUUGAUGGGUAGCCUAGUAAGAGACUGUUUGCCAGAGAGAUGUACACAUAGUACCCAAACUAUGGUUAAUCUAUGUAGCUAAUCGAUUGCUUGAUGAUUCUCUAAGUUACCAUUAAGAUAUCCAGGACAUUCAACCAUAGCUGUAACUAUAGUAACUGACGAAUGCAACUACUUUUCGUGUGCAGAUAGAAAAGUUGUGCUUCUCAAA